AUUACUGAUAAAGAAGAAAGAUGUCAGGUGGAGAAAGGAAGAAACGUGCUUGUGAUAGAGGACAAGGAUGGGAAGAGGCAGGCGCAGAAUUCUAUCAGGAACGUUAUCCAGCAGCCAUUGAAGCUGAUUUACAGCAAGCAUUACAAAGGGAUCCUUCUCAUAUAGCUACUUUAUUACCAAGUAAAAAAUCUCGUGUUGCUACUGCCAAACGAAUACGUAAUGACACAAAAACAACAUUGAGAAGAAGGACUAGUACAAGAUCACGUGGCACAACUACAUCAAGGCGUAUGUCAACAAAUAUUCAUGAUGCAGCAGUGUCUAUGUUGCCUGAUUUAUCUGAGAAUUUAUCUAAUGAAGAACGUACUUGGGAAGAAAUAAUGCAGAUCAAAGCAAUGCCCAUAUGCAUGACACAAAAAAUACAAUUAAAAAAUCAGUUACAAAGUGCUACAAAAUUAAGAUUACAAGGUUUUGAGCAAUUGAAGUGGCAACGAAGAAAAGCUUGGCAACAAUUUCGUAUAAGAAUGAAGGAAGCAUACUCAAAAAUGGAACUAUGGAAUGAUAGUUUGAAAACAAUUGGAGGAAACUUUGGAAUGGGAAUAGUAUCAUACUUUUUAUUCAUCAAGUGGUUAAUGUAUCUGAAUAUUCUCUUAUUCUCACUUAUGUUCUUAUUUAUUAUUUUACCUGCAAUAUUAAUUAAUGUGCCAGGGGAGGAGUCAUGUGAAAAUUCUAAUAGUAGUCACAGCAUAUCUUGCUGUUCAGAGUUAUAUUGGAAUAUAACUCAAGAAAGCAACAGUAUAACUGGCUUUGUACAAGGCAUUGGUAUUUUAGAAUACACUGCAUUGUUUUAUGGUGCAUACACUCGUAUGUCUUACGACGUUUCUGGCAUAUUUUAUAACUUACCAUUAUCUUACAUUUGUGCAACUAUUAGUGUGUUUAUAUUUAGCUUGGUAGCGAUUGUUAAGACAGCGGCCAAAGGUUUCAAGCAGAGGGUCGUUGAAAAUGAAGGUCAAUUCUAUCAGUACUGCAAUUUAGUUUUCGGUGGUUGGGAUUAUUGUAUACAUAAUGAAAAGUCUGCCACUAUAAAGCAUAAAGCAUUAUACAAUGAAAUGAAAGGAUUUUUAGAAACCGAAAGAUUGGAAGAAGAAAGGCAAAAUCGAACGAGGGAGGAGAAAACAAAAUUCUUUUUCAUGCGUCUAUUUAUUAAUUUAAUUGUUGCAGCUAUAUUGUGCGGUUGCGGUGCAUUCAUUUACUAUGUAUUUGAAUUUUCCUUCGAUCAUAUCUCACACCAAUCGGUUCAAAGCUACGAUAUAGGGUAUAUAUCGUUGAAUGGCAUCAUUAUGUUAUUCUUGGAGUUUCUUCCAUAUAUUUGCAUUGUUGUUUUAAAUCUGACAGUACCGUUUUUAUUUCGCUACUUGGUCACUUUGGAAAAUUAUAGUCCAUUGUUCGUUGUGCGCAUAACACUUUUCAGGACUAUAUUUCUACGAUUUUCUUCUCUAGCUGUAUUACUUACAUCAUUUUACAGACUAAUUGUAAUUGAGGUAUUGGACAACGAAUGUACCAGUAGUCGUAGACCAUUAUGCUGGGAAACGUUCGUGGGACAACAAUUUUUUAAACUCUAUAUAACUGAUAUUUUUCUCCAGUUUGUCAUGACAUUUUUCAUUAAUUUUCCUAGAUCUUUAAUAGCAAAACACACAGAAAACAAAGUGCUACGUUUUUUCGGAGAACAAGAAUUUGAUUUAUCUAAGCAUGUGCUAGAUGUUGUUUAUUUACAAACAAUAUGUUGGCUUGGUUGUUUCUUUGCACCGUUAUUACCAUUCGUUGCUGUAAUUGGUACUUUUCUGCUGUUUUAUAUCAAGAAGUUUGCCUGUUUAGUAAACAGUACACCAUCAAGUAAAAUUUAUAGAGCAAGUAAAUCAAUUUCACUUUUCAUGUUCAUUUUGUUCAUUUCUUUCAUUCUAUCUGCAGCUCCAGUCGGCUACACCAUUGCAGAAAUACUGCCAUCAAAGUCUUGUGGUCCAUUCAGAGGUUUUAAAUCAGUGUGGGCUUUGCUCAUUUUAACAUUCUCUCAGUUUCCUAAUUGGCUUCAGUCGAUUUUAUAUUUUGUUAGUACUUCUGGAUUUGGUGUGCCAGCCUUUGUUGUUCUUAUUUUAUUUUUGUAUUAUUAUUAUGCAGUAUCAGUAGCAAAUCAGCACAUGGUCACAGUUUUAAAGAAUCAGUUGGUACUAGAAGGUCAUGAUAAACAGUUCUUACUUAACAGAUUGAGUGCUUUUAUUAAGCAGCAACAAGACCAAAACAAAUACCACCAAGAACAAGCAAACGAGUUAGGCACAUUUUCAUAA